AUGCCUCAAGCACUGCAGCCGGAAGCAGUGGACAGGGCAGUGAGGCUGCGCCACUCGCCUGAUCUCCCUCUGGCUGAGCUGCUGCAGCAUACCAAGAUGCCAGGGUGGUUAGCGUUCAUUGCCGCAAGCCUGAGUGUACUGACAUCUGAUGGCUGCCCCUUCUCACCAAGCCCUGUGGGAGCACCGUGCCUGCUGGCGACAACGCCAGAGUUUGAGCAGUAUGAAGUGGAGGGAGCAGCGAAGCAAGGAGUCAGCUCCCAGUUGGCCAGGAAAAACCAGUGUGUCUCUGGCGUCACUGUGCAACUGGAGAUGAGGAGUCUCUGGGAGGAGUUCAAUAGCCUUGGCACUGAGAUGAUUGUCACCAAAGCAGGGCGGAGGAUGUUCCCCACCUUCCAGGUGAAGAUAUCUGGCAUGGAUCCCUUGGCUGAUUAUGUGCUGCUCAUGGACUUCGUGCCUUUGGAUGACAAGAGAUACCGGUAUGGUAUCUGGGACAAUGACUCCGCUUGGCUGGUAGCUGGCAAGGCAGAUCCUGCUACACCUGGCCGAGUUCACUUCCACCCUGACUCCCCUGCCAAGGGAGGCCAGUGGAUGAGGCAAAUUGUCUCCUUUGACAAGCUCAAGCUCACCAACAACUUGAUGGAUGACAAUGGCCAUAUAAUCCUCAACUCCAUGCACAGGUACCAGCCACGCUUCCAUGUGGUGGUGGUAGAUCCACGUCCAGACAGCGAGCGCUACGCCCAGGAGAAUUUCAAGUCCUUCGUCUUCGCAGAGACUCAGUUCAUGGCAGUGACAGCCUAUCAGAACCACCGGAUCACACAGCUGAAAAUUGCUAGCAACCCCUUCGCAAAAGGGUUCCGGGAGUGUGAGCCAGAUGACUGGCCCGGCUCACCAGGGCAACUAUUAGGCUGCUUAUCUCGGAAUGGGGGUGCGGCUCCCUUAGCCCAGGUUCAAGAAACUACAGAAAAGGGGUUUGCCAGCAAUCAUCACCUCCCCCCUUCCCUCUUCAGAGACGCCUCCCAGCUGCAGCACCCACCCCUGGUCACCCCUGCCACCCUCCCCGAUAUGUGCCUUGCUCGACGACCCUUGAGUGAAGCAUCAGGGGCCCUGCCCUACAAGCACCUCUCCUAUCACAGCAUCUACGUGGGAGCCCGCUCCCGGGCAACACCCUACGCCCUCCCCAGCAGCCGGGCCACCAGCUUCCACGCUCUCAACAUCUACACUGCCGGGGACUAUGAACAGUGA